UCAUGGAGACCCAGCGUGUACUCUCGUCCUACCGAAAGCGUUUUGGGACUCAGAGCAGCCCUUCAGCCCCACUUAUUACCAGGAGCCUCGGGCGUCUGUCCCUCCACAGCACCCCACGACACACGGCCCUGUCCAGCCCCAGCGUGUCCCGUCUGUCCCUGGGAACCGAGAGGCUUGACUUCUCUGCCGACUCGCUACUUAAGGCUCAGUACCGUGAGACGCGCACCAAUGAGAAGGUGGAGAUGAUGGGCCUGAACGACCGCUUCGCUAGCUACAUCGAGAAAGUACGUUUCCUUGAACAGCAGAACAAGGUACUGGUGGCCGAGCUGAAUCAGCUGCGUGGGAAGGAGCCAAGCCGUCUCGGGGACAUCUAUCAAGAGGAGCUGAGGGAGCUGCGCAGGCAGGUGGAUGGCCUGAAUAAUGCCAAGGCACGGCUGGAGAUUGAGAGGGACAACCUAGCAGCUGACGUGGGCACACUGAAGCAGAGACUUCAGGACGAGACCACACUGAGACAGGAUGCAGAAAACAGCCUGAAUGCAUUUAGACAAGAUGUGGACGAGGCAGCCCUGAACAGGGUACAGCUGGAGCGGAAGAUUGAAGCGCUGCAGGAUGAGAUUGGUUUUCUGAAGAGAGUCCAUGAGGAGGAGAUGCGGGAGCUACAGGAGCAGUUGAAUGCUCAGCAGGUGCACGUGGAACUGGACGUGUCCAAGCCAGACCUGACCGCGGCACUGAGGGAGAUCCGUGUGCAGUAUGAGGCUGUGGCAACCUCCAACAUGCAGGAGACUGAGGAGUGGUACCGCUCCAAGUUUGUGGAUCUGACUGAUGCAGCCAAUCGGAAUGCUGAGGCUCUGCGACAGGCAAAGCAGGAAGCCAACGAUUACCGCAGACAGAUUCAGGUCCUGACGUGUGACCUGGAGUCUCUGCGUGGAACCAAUGAAUCUCUGGAGCGGCAGCUGCGUGAGAUGGAGGAGCGUUUCGCCACGGACACGGCGGCGUAUCAGGACACGGUCGCACGUCUGGAGGACGAGAUCCAGGCUCUGAAGGAGGAAAUGGCUCGACACCUGCAGGAGUAUCAGGACCUCCUGAACGUCAAGCUGGCUCUGGACAUCGAGAUCACCACCUACAGGAAGCUGCUGGAGGGAGAGGAGAGCCGGAUCACUGUUCCUGUGCAGAGUUUCUCCAACAUACAGUUCAGAGAAACCAACAUUGACACUAAACCACCUGAGAAUCUCACUAAGAGAAGCAUCAUAGUACGAACCGUGGAGACACGUGAUGGAGAGAUCAUAAAGGAGUCGACCACGGAGAGGAAGGAGGUGCCGUAAGGACGAGACGUCUUCACGUCUUCUUCACUUCAUCGCUACACACAUGAGAAAUAACAUAAACACUAAACUUCGAUUAAACCAUGAACAUUAACACCGUUACACAUCUGUUUACUCCUCACUAACAUCUCAUUAACACACAAACCCUCAGUGUUUAUAACACGGAGAUGAAAAUGCCUACUGAGGAAGAAAAGAUUUAAAAAACGUCACGUCUGAUUUUAUCUAAUCAAAGGGAUGAAGUUAGAUAGGUUUGUUCCUGGUGAUGGGGGUUUACAAAUGAUCCAGAACUUUCCAUUGGCUUCAGGAUCAUUUCAGCUAUAAUUGACUGAAAAUACUAAAAUACUAAUUCCAAAAUACUAAUUAAAGAUGCCCUGCCACACGUAUUUCAUUCCUUUUGUGGUAAUGUCUCUGUACCAUGGACUCUGUAACUUUUUUUGUGGAAAUAAUGCCUUGGUUACCUUGUUUCAAGCCAUUCUAGUGUGGUAUAGAAAGCCUGCAGGAAGACUCAGCUCGAUUUGCGCCAGUUCUCAUGAAUAUUCAAAUGAGCUAUGCUGCUUGGCUCCGAUUGGCUAACCGCUAGGAUAUGAGAGCAUGACUAUUCAUUCAUCCACACAAUAAGUAGCCUAGGCUAGAGGAAAUUUGUUUACAAUCACCUUGAAUUGCGGCAGAACGGCUUCUUCACGAGCCCGUUGACGUUCAGCCAUCCUUGCUGUAUAGGAAACUCACUGAGCUACACGAAUUCUGGGGGCGCGGUCUCAAGUGGGAGAGCUCAUGAAUAGUAAUGAGCUCAAUCAUUACUACGUCACACUGACCAGCUUUUCCAACUGACCCGAUAACAGGAUUGUAUUGGAAAGACUCCGUAAACAGGGAUGACGGGAAAACCGGACAAAUCCGAGGCGCACGUGAAGGCCGCAUGUAACGGUGUCGUCUUGUCUUCAUGUUAAUUCAACUUUUUUUUUUUUUAGAGCGGAUGAUUGUUGUCUAGAUUUCAGUAAGUGUGUGACAGGAAGUGAGAUGUAGCUUGAUGGGAAUUUGUAAGUAAUGUAGGAAAGUCUUAGCGAGGGGAAUUUAUCGGCGGUGCACCAGGAAGUUUUUCGCCUCAUCCUUCUCUGUGUUUGUUUUGUCCGUCUCGUCAAUUUUUAAUGCUUUUAUUGUUAACGCUUUUGUUGUAGCGUCAUCUGUUUAAUUGAUGUCACUGAUCUGAAUAAAAGA